GCUACCACUCGGAGACGAAGGCGGUGAGCGGCGCGAGCGCGUCGGUGCUGGUUGGCGCGGAGGUGAACACCGAGGACGACGUGCUUGCGCUCAAGGUCUCGCAGCUGCCCACCUUCAACGACACGCUCCGGCCGCAGGAGAGCGAGCUGCUCCUGACCUACCUCACCGCGCCCUACAUCCGCGUGCCCCUGCUGUGCGGCUUCUUCGUGGACCGCGACCGGAUCUCGAUGCUGCGGGAGCCGCACCUGCAGGCCGUGCUCGACUCGGCCUUCUUCGAGCCGGGGCCCUGGCGCUCCGCGGAGGAGGCGAGCCGGGGCCCGCCAGCCGAGAUCCCUGGCCCCAGCCGGGAGCACCUGGGCACGGCCGCGGGGGUGCUGCUCAACGAGCUCCUGCACUCGCCGAGGGUCGUCCUCGCCUCCGUGCUCAGCAUGCUGCGCGUGGCCGUGGAGAAGGACUCGGGGCGCGCGGGCGCGGAGAACGAGGGCCUCAUCCUGUACCUCGUCCGCCUGGCCAUCCGUGUGGAGUCGUACCUGCACAUGCUCAUAACGCAGGCCAAGAGCGGCACCUACCUGCCCGGCGGCGAGUGCGGGUUCCAGGCCCGCGUGCGCGGCCUGCCGAGCGGAGGAGACGACGAGUCGCUGCUGUCACGCCUCGAGGCGGAUCAGGCGUGCCUGCGCGGGGAACUGCAGAACUCGGUCUUCCGGAUGCUGCUCAACUGGUCCGUGUAC